GCGCGGGGCCUGCGCUCGCCACGUGAGGUCACUUCCGGGCCGUGCCGGAAGCGGCGGGCGGGCGGCCGGAUUUGAAUCGCAGAGCGCCGCGCGCCCGCUCCGGUACCGGCCCCGGGGCCGCGCCAGGCCCCGCCCCCCCGCCAUGCCCAUCCGGGCCCACUGCACCAUCUGCUCCGACUUCUUCGACAACGAGCGGGACGUGGCAGCCGUCCCCUGCGGGCACACCUUCCACCGCGCCUGUCUCAUCCAGUGGUUUGACACAGCACCGAGCCGGACUUGCCCGCAGUGCAGAAUCCAGGUCAGCAAAAGACACAUCAUCAACAAGCUGUUUUUCGAUGUUGCCCUGGAGGAGCAGACAGCACCGGAUGCAGAGACCUUGCAGAAUGAACUGGACAAGGUGAAGGCUCAGCUCUCCGUGAAGGAGAAAGAAAAGCGGGAAUGCCAGGCUGUUGUGGAUGGGCUGAGGGACACUCUGGACGUGCGCAAUGCCACGAUAGAGUCGCUCCAGAAGGUGCUGGGAGAGACAGAGAUGCUGUGCUCCUCUCUCAAGAAGCAGAUGAAAUUCCUGGAGCAGCAGCAGGAGGAUAACAGAAGUUCAAAGGAGGAGGCCCGCCGUCUGCGGAACAAGCUGAGAACCAUGGAGCGGAUUGAGCUGUUGCUUCAGAGCCAGCGCCCCGAAGUGGAGGAGAUGAUCAGAGAGAUGGGAGUCGGGCAGGCAGCGGUGGAGCAGCUUGCGAUCUACUGUGUCUCGCUGAAAAAGGAAUAUGAAAACUUGAAGGAGGCUCGGAAGAUCUCUGGUGAGAUGACAGAGAAGCUGAAGAAGGAGCUGUUUUCUGUCAAUAGCAAGCUGCAGAAAACAGUUUCAGAGUUGGAGAGCACAAAGGACGAGUUAAAAAGCACCCAGAAGGAUCUGAAGAAUGCGGACAAGGAGAUCUUGAGCUUGAAGAAGAAGAUAGACAUUCUGCAGGAUACUCUGAAAGUCCCAUCUGUAACCAGAGAGACCCUCAGUCGACUAGUCUUUGAAAGCCCCGCUCCUGUGGAACUGCGGCACCCGAAGCUCCACCGCCCGGCUCACAGCGAUGAGAUCAAUCUAGAUGCUACUUUUGAUGUGGACACCCCUGAGCAUCAGCCCUGCAGAUCUCUCUCCAGCCCUGCAAAAAGGCAGAAGCUGGAUAAAAAGCCGCCUCCUGUGGUAAACCUGGCGAAGAAAGUUCUGAAGGAAACAGUGGAGAACUGGGCAGAUGAUCUGGAGGAUGACGCUCUUAAAGGACUCUUGCCAGCAUUCAUCAGGAACUCUGUUCUCUCCAAGAAGCCAUCUUCGGGUAGCUUGCUGGGUCCCCACAAGAACGUGGGCACUGUGAGGAUGGGCUAUGAUGGCUUGGGAGGCAGAACAAAGUUCAUACAGCCUACAAACCUGGCAGAAAUCCGUCCGUUAGCAGUGAGGAGCAAGAAGAAGGUCUCCAGGCUGGUGUCUGCAGCUCCCUCCACGUCUUCCUCCAGCAGCAGCCAAGCCAGGCUGGACAGUUUCCUGCAGUGAGAGCCCCCGCGUCCCGGGGAGUGGCCGGGCAGGGCGGCUGCAGGGCAGAGCGUGGUCGCCCGGAGCCUGGCACGCAGCAAUGCGCAGCCACCGCUGUGCGGGGGGCUCCUGUUUGCAAAACACUGAUGCGGUGUUGCGGGUGAGGUGAGCUGCCCUGGGGAGAAUCCUGGCCUCGCAGCAAGCUGCCAGGAGACCAAGCCUCUGCCUAAUGUUUGGACUGAUUUACCCCCUCAUUUUAGCCCUCCUCCCUCCUAUUUUCAUGUAGAAUAAACAGGGUUUUCUCUUUUUCUGGCCUGCUCAGAGCUCUACAGUUGCUGUUGGGCUCUGACAUCAGGGGGAGCUGCACUUCUUGGAUGCAGCUGCAAGCUUGAGAUGCGGGAAGGGUGUCUGGGAUGUCAGUCUGGAGCAAGAGCGGAAGAGACCCGGACCAGCUCUAUGCCUGGUGUAAACAGUUCCAAGGAAAUUUCCUGGAGGAAGAAGUGUGCAGGGGACAGAGCAGCGCUGGCCUGCGUUGCUGCGGUGUGGCUGUGUAUUGGUCAUCAAAUUAAACACCUUCCCUCUGCUGCAGGCCCAUGUGAAACUCAUUUAUGAAUUUCUAUUUUUUUAAAUGAGAUUGUAGAGGCUGUUUUGUUCUUUUGAAACUGGUCUGCCUUGUGAUUUGAGGGUUUGGAAGGGCCUGAAGUGCUGGAGAACUGCUCCCUUCAGGGAUGGGGAGACUGAUGGGGCUGAACCUGUCUGAGCUUCUUCAGCUGGGGAUGGGGGGGCAGGAGCUCCCCUCUUGCCCCACGGCUGUAGCAGGGGGCAGGAGCUCCCCUUUUGCCCCACGGCUGUAGCGGGGCUGUGCAAGCUGCAAGGAACAGACGUGGUGAGGUACCUCGCUAUAGCACUCUGCACUGUACAAAUUUGGAUGUUCCCCACCUCCAGCUGCUUCAGGCCGGAAGCCUCCAUACCCGGGCUGGCUAAAACCAUGUCUUUAAGGAAUAAACUAUACUGCACACUCGUUGACA